UUUCUGUUCCGUAUUUUUCAUGGCACUUGACAUCAACACAAACAGUGUCUUUCCUUUGAAUUUUCCGACUUACACAUUGUGUACAAUAGACCUUUUUCACCGCGAAAUUGGUGAGGGCAACUUUCUUUCUUUGACAGUUUCUCCUAAUCUGUCAUGAUUCGAGACCUGAACAGGGAUUAAAAGCAAAACCAUUUCAGCAGUCUCAGGUCUCAAGAGUCAAGAGUCAAGAAUCAAGUCACCCCAAAGUCCAGAUCAACUUCAUCAGACUUCAGUCCUUUUCCUUAAAGGAAUUGAGUCGCCAUGACUUCUUCAAAGCAACUGUUGGAGACAUCAAGACAGAUUGGUUGGCCGCAAGUGGAGAAAGUGGAUCCACAUGCUGUAGAUUGGGCUUUUGAAAAAGUGGCUACCCAGCCGUUUAUGCACUGGUUUUCUAAUAAUGUCAGUGUGGAUAAUGUUAUUACAAGUCAGGAACUUCUGGAAUUUCAACAACUUGAAGCCAAAGGAUGUGUGUUGGAGGGAUCACAACUGAAUGAAACUUUGGCGUCCAUCCCGACUGAUAGUGUGACCGAAGGGUUGGAUGUAGAUCAUCUACGGUCUGACAUUGAAGAACUCAAACAGUCACUGGAGAAGGUGAAAGCUAGAAAAAGUAUGCUGAUGAAAAGGAAUAAUAAUUUGAGUGUUCACCACAUGGCAGUGAAGAACAAGCUGACAAAGAUGAGAGAGGUGAAGGAACAGUGGCUGAAGAUGAACAGACAGAGUGUGGAGAGGUGUGGAGCUGUCAACGCAAAGAUUGACGAGUCUCUUCAGAAGCUAGUUGGCAGUGUCGGUGCCUUGAUAGAGCUGUACAACUGUCCGUCGAAGACAUCCAAGGAAUCCAGGACUGGAGUUGAGGCAUCGUGUGAUUUCCUCUCUCAAGCCGAAUUAAAAGCGUUUCACGAUGCAGAAGAAAAGUUCUCCAGGGAUUUGACUGCUUUUACCAAGAAGCAGUUUUUCAGCGGUUUGGCCGAGCUGGCUGGUGAGAGGGAGACAGCAGAAUACAGUCUUCUGGACGUCAGCUCCCCUCAGAACGUGGCCCUAAGUGGGGACGAGAAGGACACGUUUCUUGACGACUGUCGAGAAUUCACACGGAUUCAGGAGAUUUUUCCUGUGAGCGAAACUGCUCGCAUCAACGCUCUGGUCAACUCCCAGAGGGCUCUGUGUGCCGUGCGAGAGGCUGGUUCCAUUCUCCGUCUCCUCAAGUCGGACCAGUUCCCGUUGUCGCCAAAAGAGAUCAGCCAACGCAAGCGCGAUGCGGAACAAAACAUGGCCGCCGUCCAGACAGAGUCAGCUCCCCUCCUGUCGUCGGUGCUGGGCCUGGUGGUGGAGCUGGGCGGCCUGCAGGGGACUGACGUCCUCACCGGAGACUACGACCUCAAGCUGAGGCGGCAAGACUACUUCAUGAAAAAUCAGGACAAAGUGAUCGACCAGCUGGUAUCGCAGCGAGCGCGGAACGAGUUUCUGUCGCUUCUGUACGAAAUGGAGGUGAGGUGGCACAAAGAGACGCACCGUCUCCUCACGGCUGCCAGGCAGACUCUACAGGGACAGAUGAGCACCUGGCAACAGCGAAUGAAUGAGCUGGAUGAUCCUGAUUUUAGUGUGAAAAAGUUUGAGAGCAACGUGGUGGACACGAGAGACACGUCUACAGCCAGGCUCUAUCAGAUGCUGGAUGUUACCGAAGAUGAAGAGAAGCCGCUAUACCUGCAGACUCAGAAGGUUGUUGCCAAGGGGAGAAAACUGCAGUCGGAGCUUGAUGGGGUCCAGCUGGCUGACAGGACGGCAGACGAAAAGUGUUUGGCCAAAGUAGGACAGCUCGAGUCGUGUGUGGGCGAGUGUGAGGCGGUUCUGUACUCGGGCUCCAGCACUAGCCGAGGUCUCCCCGCCCUGUCUCUGCUGGACGUCCAGGUCUCUAUGGUCAGUCUGAUGUCCAGCGUCAAUGCUCUGGAGAAAUGUAUCAUGGAGGUGGUCAACGACAUCAAUGCCAAGAAGACGGCCCUGAAGAACAACGUGUUGUUGAGCAAAGAGCGAGAGUUAUUCAGCCUGUUCCACACCAACCCGAGCCGCCUGCAGUACGUGGUCAACGGGCUCAACGACCGGGUCAAGGCACAGCAGAUACAGGAAUCGUGAAAUUGUUUGUGUGUGUGUCACGACGCGACGGAAUCCGGCGCUUGUCAAAUGUUGGGCAUGUGAAGAAGUUAAUGGUAUCACCGUUAAGCUUUGAACAUUUGUCUUGCUUUUAGUGAAAAAAAAUACCGUCUUAUCUUGAGCAGAAGUUGAGAUUUCUGCUUUUGAAGAAGAUGGGAAUGGGGGGGGGGGGGGGGGGUCUCCUAGUGCCAGAUAAAUUAAGCGAAAAAAUGGCUGCCGAAGUGUGAUAAAUACCUGAAUACUAAAGUUUGGUGUCCUUGGAAACUGAAAAUUUACUCUUUUUUUUUUUGUGUCUGUGUUUUUUCUGAAAUUCCACACAGAAAUAUGUUUUCAGAUGGAAAUAAAAGGUGUUGAGCCAAAGAAAAAAAGUCUGAUAAAUAUUGCUCAACUGGUGGAAAAAUGGUGGUUUCUUUGAUUUCAUUAUUUUGAUGAGCACCUGAUUUCACCACAAAGCCAUGUACUUUAUCAUUUUUUUUGUCCUCUGUCCCACGGAACUUGUUUUGUACUGACGUUAACAUGUACAAUAAGAAACUGUUGACUGUUGGGGUUCUUUGUUAUUGGCUGUAAAUAAAAAUAGAUCAGCAUAGUA